UCCAGUGUUCUCCCGUCCGUCGCUCGAUCUAGUCCUGCGCGCCCGCCCCGGCCAUAUAUGUGUGUGUGUGUGUGCAUGCGAGUGUGUGUGUGUGCGUGCGUGUGUGUGUGUCCUCGUGUAUGUGUCGUGCGUGUGAGCGGGUGAGUGUGUGUCCGUGUGUGUCCGUGCGUGUUUGUUCGCGUGAGUUUCUAGGAUAAACGGCCGCCAAGGCGCGAUCAUUGCCAUCACAUACGCGGCACAAAAACGCACACCCACACACACACAUACACACCGACCUGCGGAGAGCAAAAGUGAUGCUGCCCGGCGCGGCACCGCAUCCUUAGCCAGCGGCCAGAGCGCCCCGCACUCCACCGGCCUCUGAUUACAUAAAUAAACAUGGUGGUGGCCACGGUUUGGCACGGCAAUAUAAGCAAACGGUGUUGGACCAUGCGCUCGCCCGGUGAGGCCGAAAUCUUGUGAAGGAAAUCUCCAAUUCUACGUCAACGCGGUACGCGUGGUGCACGAGAGACAGACCAGACUGUGUGUGAGAGAGAAAGAGAGAAAAGAGGGAGCGAGAGAGAAGAUUUCGCAUCAACGCGAGAUUAACGCGUCGCGAGAGCAGCAUCUAAAGCAGCAAAAGAGGUGCGAAAACCCCUCUGGCGAGAGGAGAGUGCGGUUUAUAUUUCUGUUUCUUUCCUUCCUCGCUCUGUGUCGCGGAUGUCACAGUAGGCGCAGCUAGCUACUAAGCGGCAACGGCACACACAACUCUAGCACGGUACGCGUACCCGUGGGACCAGAGAGUGAGUGCGAAAAAGUGUCAUCUCCCCCACCCCCGACAAGGCUGUGUGUUUUGCUCCUCUGAUUGUGCUGGCCAUUGGCCGCUCGCAAACCGCCGCACACCGUCCGCGCAAAAACGUCCGUUCGGUUAUCAGUGAAGCAGCCCGAGCAGCCGAGAGUGUCGCGAGCGCCGAUGGAGGCGGCCGCGUGCUAGAACCGCCGCUCAGGUGCUGUGUGCCAGUGUGCCAGUGUUUUCAUCAGUGUGUGUGCGCGCGCGCUCGUGUGUGUAGCUGUGUGUGCGUUGACCAGCAGGACAUUAGACCGGUCGGACCAGCAGACGCUAGAGUAGCUGCAGUCACGCGUUGAACGCGAACGGAAGCGUUUGAGGUAAAGCCGUUGACUGUUCGCCGUACUCGACGGAGUGAUUGUGUGCGUCUGUGUGUGUGUUUGUAAACGGCGCGUUCGCUCCGGGUGUUUUUCGCGGACCAAAACACUUAACACAUCCCCUCCCCCGCACGAGCCUCGCACAGCGCACGGUGGAGCCGACGACGCCGACGGUCGAACCGGUGGCGAUGGCCCCGGACACGGUGCCGGCCGUGCCGGCUGCCGAGGUGCAGCCGGACGGCGGGUCGCCGGCCAGCGAGUCGCCGGCCACGCUGCUCACCCAGGUGCAGCGGAUGCUGACGCCACCGGCCGACCUGCUCGAGUGGAAGGACAUGCCGCAGCACCUGCAGUUCAACCCGUACGUGCUGACCGGCUACCGGCCGCUGCAGGGCGUCAAGGGGUGCCUCAGCAGCCUGUUCUACGUGCACAACGAAACCAUCAAUAUUCUCACACACGGCAUUCCAAUUGUCUACAUCCUCGCAACAGUGCCGGCAAUGAUGCCAUGGGAGAAAGACUAUCGCUUUCUGUCGUGGUGUCAUCUGGUCGGUUCCGUUGCACCGUGGUGCGGCAGCUUCGUCUACCAUCUGUUCAUGAACCUGGAGAACGGCGAGGGCAUCUACUAUCGGCUGCUGCAGCUCGACAUGCUCGGCAUCUGGAUCAGCCAAAGUUUCGGAGCGCUACCGAUGGUAACGGCAACGGUGUACUGUUUAAACUUUCCAUUAAAAUGGUUGCUCAUCAUUUCCUACUCGCUGCUGUGCAUUUGGGGCCUGUUCAAGGCCAUGACGGCUUCCUCGCCCUGGCAGCGACGGUUAUGCUUUCUGCUGCCGUUCAGCAUGCGCAUCAUGCUCACGUUGCUGCGGAUCUCGAAGCUCGGCGGCGGAAAUCCUACCUCACUCACCCACGUCUUUCUGCAGGACGCCGUGUCAGCCGUGGGUGGAGUAAUUGGAGCGAUGCAUAUCCCCGAGAAAUGGUUUCCCGGAAGUGUUGACAUCUAUUUGAACUCGCAUAACAUCAUGCACGUCCUGGUGGUCGUCGCCGUCUACUCCAUGCACCAGGCGACCAUACGCGACAUCGAGUGGAUGCAGCGGGCAGAAUGUAAUGGGCUUAACUAUACCUCAACGCUGAACAUAGACUCGAUCAACGGGUCCCACCUGGAGCUAUGACUUGUGCCAGCAGGAGUAGCAGAAGCAGUAGCAGCUGCAGCAGCAGCAGCAGCAGCAGCAGCAGCAGCAGCAUCUACAGCAACAGUAGCCUGCCGCAGUAGGCGUCACUGGUGCAGCCUGCCGGACAUCACGUGCCCGGUCCGUCGUCAAUUUGGUGUUUGCGAAGCGUCGCACCGCCCGCAAAUCGGUACACGAUACGUUUGAGGGUGCCCUUGAGGAAGCGGCAUCUGCGAUAAGCUAAUUAGAACCUGUCCGUUGGUUCAGCAUAACCUGCAAAAUAGCAACGGGGAAAAGGAUCGGGGAUCGGGGCAGGCAGAGCACAGUGGGCAGACCUGCCUGCCGUUGAGCUAAUGGAAUUAAGGGCGACGAAACGUUGGGGCCAGAUCAAUCGGGCACCUGACGUUAAGACAUUACAACACACAAUACGUGCGACACUCAUUCAGGCUUCCUCAAAGUACACCCACACACCCACACAAACACACACUUAGAUACGUAUUUUUCUUGACACACUUCUACGUCAGCCAGAAAGAGUGGAAAGCGAGCAACAGCCUAAACCAAAAAAAAACGAAAAAGAAAAGAAAAAACAACCUAAGAAAGCUAGCUUAAACAUUCUACUCCCCCAAGCACUUGUGUAAGCUUGCCAAUGCCAAUGCUGGUGCAGUAUCGGUACCAAAAACCCCCCAAAGAAUAUACGGCCUCGGAACUGCGCUUCCCUCUUUAUAUUGACCGUACUGCUCCAGCACACCAAAGGAAGAACGGCCAAGAAUGCUGUGGACACUUUCAACCGCGAAGAUACCGGACAGCCCUUACCAACUAGACACCUUGUGUCCUUGUGUGUCCUUUCUUCCUGUCCUAGUAGCACACGCGAUGUUCCGAUACGCGAGUGAUCGAGUGAGGUGCCUGAACGAGAAUUUGUAAUUAAUAAAACACACACAACACACGUACUGGUGCGCGUGUUGUGGCCGGAUGUGCGCCUGCGAUGCCCUGACAUUAGUGCAACGCACCAAAUUUAGACGAAACAACAAACGCCACAGUGAGGAUACUAGGCUCAACACUCGAACGCGAUGGCGCCUCUCAUUCGGUCCCGCUCUCUCACACACACUAUUCCAGGUGCACCUACCUGCAGUGAAGGGUAAUUGUAACGCUCCGGUAGUAUAACAAUAUGGCGGACAUUUUGAGAGCGUCGCGUGUGCUUAAGCGUGUGUCGCGCACACGCUGCCCAAGUGUGAUGCACGAGGAUAGUAUUUCCUACUUGCUACCUAUUACCAGUAGAUAGAACAAAAUUGAGACAAUUCAUGGCGUUGGCUAGGUCUAGUGGUAACGUGCUGCGUAGCACACCACGUGCCGCCAGGGGCCAUACGGUUGAUAAGCAUUAUUUAAAGCAAGGGAAAGAAGAAACGUAAACGCAUUACCAGUUGGAGAAAGCGUUCCGCUAUCCGGCAUACGGCAGCAGCUGGCCUGAUACGGCAGCAAGAUACUUGUUUUGUUGCUCGUUACUUCGGUGCCGAUUUGUGCGGGUUCACACCUCGUGCGCAACACGCGCACUGGCACGGUUCCGCAUAGAGCUUUCGUUAGAUUUACUUUUACUUUCCAACGGUUCCUGUGGUUCGUUGAGCCAAUCUGCUCAAGCGGCAAGAUACAAAACACACAGACAUACACCUACAUGUACUAGUCCCGGGAAACGAGUGCUUGUGGUAAAGAGGUGCCAUCCUUCGUUCAUCGUACCUUUUGUUUUAACCGUAGGAAUACUAACUAUGAAACUGUUACGAAAGGCUGUUUAAGUAUUAAUUUUCCCAGAUUGCUCUAGCGUUUAAGUAAGUAGACUUACGAUACCGUAGCAACAACACAUGGAGCUGUUGCUGUGCUUAGCAAUUAUAUAUAUAUUGAAGAACAAACAAAAAACACUCAGAAUAGCUAAUGAGAAAAAUCACCACCACCACUACCACAAAUAAUACACAGUAUCUGUCUCUC